UUUUUUGCUCUUUUUUCUUCGCCACCCGAAGGCAAGCAAGGUGGAGAGAAUCUCCCAGCCCAUAAAGCACAGCUAAAAAAAAAAAAUUGCCACCCAAAAAACAAUAAUAAAGCGCGGGCGUAUAUAUUGGAAGGAAAGAAGAAGAGAGAAUAAAUCGAAGGGGAGGGCGAAAAGGCAGGGAAUAAAAUGACCAGAUGUUGACAAAUUUCCUGUCACUUUUCUUAGGAGGUCGUUUGUUCUUGGGAGAGAUUUUCUCAUCUCGGAUCUCUCUCUCUCUCUCUCUCUGUCUCACGCUCUCUCUCUCUCGCUCUCCUCUGUGGCCCAGCGGAUCGACAUCUUCGAAUCUGAUGUCCAUCUGCGGCUGCGUCUCCCUCCAAUGGCCAUGGAGACGGGCGCAGUCCUGCCCCAUUAGUGUCCUCUGAUCUCGUUUUCUUCUCGUUUUAUCUAAAGUUUUGUUUUUUCUCCUUUCGCUCUUUCUUCGCUUGGAUUCUCCUGUUUUGGCUCCAAGUUGGAAAACUCGGAUGGCAGGACGGGGGCGGCCGUUCGGGGUUUGGAUGUUCCAGGCUCUGAUGCUGAAUCCGCUGCAAAGGAGUUUUAGAGAUGGAUGACGAGAGGUGGUGACGUGGGUUGCGGAAUACAUGGUGAUGAAGUUAGUAAUCUAUUGGUUUACGUAAAUGCUUUCUCAUAUGAAAGGUUUUGCCUUAGGUGGACUAUCCGGAUUUUUUGGUUUUGACAACAAACUUUGAUAUUUCCUGCUUGACGGAAUUGACUUGCAUGAUGCUGCCUGACAACAUUGGAAAUCAUCUAGGCGACUUGUGAAAGCUUCUGGAUUGGAUACAUUUCUGGAAAGUGUGCUUCGCUCGAGCUGCCUUGCUUCAGAUUUUCUACUAGUUCAGUAAUGAUAUUGGACAUCUGAGUAUUAAGGAUUUGAUGGGAGAUUUUGCAAGUGGAUAUUUCCUUCUUGAUUCGAUUAUUUUUGUUUGUUAAUUGACUAUUUUGUGUUCUGCCACGCACAUGUAUUCCAAGUCUUUGAGAUGGAAUGGGAACAAAAAUACAGUGCAAAAGCUACCUUCCAGGAUAUCAUCCGAUGAUUGAUCUUAAUGAGAAUGCAAAAGGUUGUUGGUCUCGGUGCUAUGAAGAUAAUAUGUUGAGCAGACAUCUCUGCAAUGGGUUCAUGUUGAGGCCAGUAAACGAAUAUUUAGAACAUGAUAAAGAAAUGCUAAAGCAGACAAUGCUUGAACAUGAAGCCAUAUUUAGGAAGCAGGUCUACGAGUUGCACCGUCUUUAUAGAAUACAGAGGGACCUGAUGGACGAGUGUCAAAAGAAAGGGUUGUACAGAUACUCCAUACCAUCAGACACAUCACAAUCAAAUUCUUUUUCAUCUCAAAUGCCAUGUGAAGGCACCACAAAGAUAUGGAAGAUGUCUCACCUGCCUGUAGUGAACACCAGUUAUGACAGAGCAUCUUUUGCAACCACUGAUGACAUGAGGUCCUCAAACUUUCUGAAGGAAGGUAGUGUGCAGUCUGGUCCUAUUUCAUUAGAAAAUGGAGUCUCUCUAAAAGGUGGUGAACUCAAUUCUAAGCUUCAGAAAUCAACUAGGAGAAUGUUUGACCUACAACUUCCAGCUGAUGUAUAUAUUGAUGGUGAAGAUUCUGAAAGAUCAGGAAAGAAAGAUUUUGCUGAUUCAUCAUCUAGAAUUACAGUUUUGCCUGGCAGAACUUGCAGUGCAGAUCAUGAGAAUGAUGUAAAGCUUACUUUGUGCACCGGUUUGGGUCCUUACUGCAAAAAGGAUAAUAAGAUACCAAAUUCAUGGACACAAAAAGGUUUGUCAGCUCAGAGCCUGGCUGAUCUGAAUAAAUCUAUAAAAGAUAUAUGCUUUGAAGGAGCGGCAGAUUCAACUUCCAAUCAUUUUCUUGGCCUGAGAAACCACAGUGAAGAGAAUCAAGGUCAUAAGUUGUCAUCAAAAUCAAACACAAAUUUCCUAGGCCUGCAAAGUGCUUUCUUUAAAGAUGGGCAUGGUGAUGAAGGGUCUAGUUCAAGUUUCUUGCAUGCAGAUAAAGGGGAAAUAAGACGAGAAUGGCCAUUCUUCAAUAGUGAAAGUGAGCAAAGUAGGAGCAGUUUGAGUUUAUUCAGUCCAAGUCUCUGCGAUGAUAAAUUCCCUGCAUCAUCUGAAACCGUACAACCAACGCUUAAGAAUUCACAUGAAAUUGCUUUAUCACAUCAAAAUAGAACACCGACACGGUUCAGACAAAAGCCAACUUACGGGAUUGAAACCUCUGGAAUCAGUACUCAUCUUGCCACCUCAAAUAAUUCAGCAGUGACAGCAGCUCCUUCAAUACCUGCUUCAUUCUUAAUACUUCCUCAGACGAACUCCUCGAGUAGUGCAUCUUCAUUGGUUUCAUCUCAGACAAAGCCUGUGAGCAGCAUAAGCCACAUUCCAGUGGCAGUUCAAGCACUUCCAUGCUUUAAUGGCUCUGCAACUCUGAGCACACAGAACAAGAUUUCCAAUGUAGCUAUUCAGAACAUUGGUACUGAUCGUGAAAAAUGGCAAACCCGUAGUGAUUCAUGCCAAAGAGCUGGAAUUGAGGCACCUUCUUAUCUAAAUGGAUCAUUUGCUGGUUUUUGCCUGGAUCCAAAAUCUGCACCAUAUUUACAGCUCCCAUCAGUGACCUUUGGAAAGCCAAACCUCAAUGAUACUGGUGACAGUUCAGUUUAUGAUGAUUCCAUAGGUCAUGAACCCCAAAAGCGUUUGAAGAGUUUGCAGUGCACUGAUGUGAAGUCUCUACACAAUGUAAAUCUGAAUCAAGCACUUCCAAAUGGAAUUGAAAAUAAUUUUACUGUCCAACAGCGUACAGCAUUCUGUGAUCUAGAGCAGAAUUCUGAGUCAUCCUCGAAAGGGAUCUCUUGGCUCAGAAAGAAACCAGCUUAUAAUGAUUCUACUGACUCGAAAAAACAUGCAUCCCAGAUUGAGUUGAGCUUUGUGCGUGGUCAUUCUCAGCUGAUGUCCCGUUCCAAUAUUAUUGCUCCAGAAUCUGAGAGGAAACAAGAUAAGGAGAUCGGUCCAUCUCUUUGUAAUCCUCAGGGUUUUAUAUCAGCUUUUAAGGUCAAAGAGAUCAGAAUGCAGAGAAAUGAGAUUUCUGAUAAUAUGGGCAGUAGAAAAAUUCUUGGCUUUCCUAUUCUUGAUGAGGUUCAGCGGAGUGCUGUUUCACAUCAGGAAUGCUCUUUGGCUAUAAAUAACAACUGCAUUGAAAAAGACAUGCAUGGCACUGACUUGACUUGUGACAUGAAGGAGCGGAGUUCUGAGAAGGCAAUCUCUGUAGGGAGUUUGAUCACUGAAAAUGGGGCUGAAAAUAUUAGUAAAAGCUUUAGGAACAUUAUCAAUCUAAAUGCUGAAGUAACAAGUAUGGAUGACCCAAGGCUAUCAGAGUUUUCGCCCAAAAGUGAGGUGACUGUUCCAUUGCCACUCCUGGUACCAAGGGAAUCUAUGAAAGAUGCUACUGAGAUGAAUUUGGAAGUACCAAUUUCUCAGGCAGAGGUGAAUAUAAUGUCUCAUCAAGAAUAUAUGCCAUCAAGCAAAACAGAUGGUUCACAAGAAACAGAGUGCUCUCAUGACACACUUGUGAGAGAGGCAGCAGAGAAUAUUGUUGCUAUGUCAGUGGAUGUGCAUGCCCAUUUAGAGGAAAUCACAUGGGAUGGAUUACCUCCAGCUCAGUGGGAUACCUUGUUUUGGUUUGCAGAGGUUGUUUCAUCCAAUGCAGACAAUGCAAGAGUUCCAAAGAGUGGUGGAGAUUGUGGAUCAGAAUCUUCAGAUGAUGAUGGAGUGGAUUUCUUUGAGGCUAUGACACUGAAGCUCGAGGAAAUAAAGGUUGAUGACCGCUGCUGCCAGCCAAAGAAGUUUGAGAAUAAAAAGGACGAACCAGGUGCUGCUUCCCUGCUUCUAAUGAGGCCUCGGAGAGGCCAGGGAAGGAAACGGCGGCAGAGGAGGGACUUCCAGAAAGAUGUUCUUCCAGGCCUUGCUUCACUGUCAAGGCAUGAAGUAACAGAGGAUCUUCAAACUAUUGGAGGACUGAUGAAAGCAUCAGGCAAGAAUUGGCAGGCAGGCUCAACGAGACGGAACACAGGCCGGAGUGGGCUUCAUUCCCAAGCAAAGGGAAGGAGGCAGCCUAGAAGUUUAGCUGUGACUGUAUCAGAGACUAAGGUCAUUCCCCCAGCAGUGCAUCCCAUUAGUACUGAUCUAGAAGUUGAUGGGAAGAAUAUGAUAGGGUGGGGAAGGACAACAAGGCGGUGCCGUAGACCAAGAUGUCCACCCGAGGGCGAACUAUCAUGUUUGAAGCUUGCAAGAACAAUUAAUUAUAAGAUUUACGGUUGAGGAUCUCAUAAAACAAAUAUUUGACCCAUUUGUAGAGGGGGCUUUACGAUAUGAUCAGAUUGAACUUAGCAAAGUCUUGGUAAGGUAACCCUCUGUGAAAUCUUCUUCUUUUUACCUCUUUCAUUUUCUUCUGGCUUAUUAUUGCAAUACUUCCUAUAACCUUGUCGAGCCGACCCAGGAUUGUAGUUGGUAGAUGCCAAACCCUGUUGGUACAAUAGGAGUUUAUUUAUCUUUUAUUUUUGUUCUCGAGUGUCCUUUUG